GUAUAAAAAUUCAGAUGGAGUAAUUGAGAAUAGAAGAAACGAAUUAUCUAGUAAUAUUGAAAAAAAUUGUGAAAAUUGUGGUUCAAGAAGUAAUGAAAAGCUUGAAGACUGGUCAAGUGAAAUAGAAAAGGUUAUAAAGCAAAGAGAAGAAAAAGAUAAGGACAAUAGAGAGAUAUUAGGAAAGAUGAUGAAGAGAAAUGAAUUUGUGAAUAUUAGAUGUGUCAAAGAUAAUUUGAGUAAGGGUGAUGAUGUUGAUAAUGAAGAGAAGAAUAAGAGGAUUGUUAAUGGGUUAAACAAAAAGAAACUAAAUCAAAUAAAAGACAUGAAUUCAGAGAACUUAUCUGUGAUAUAUAAUAGUAAUAAGGAUAAAUCGAAUGAAUCAAAAGCU